AUGGCAAAGAAAAGGUUGAAGACUUCCAACAAGCGAAGUAGAACUCGUUCGGGUUGCCUAACAUGCAGAGACAGGCACAUGAAAUGUGAUGAGCAACAACCUGUUUGUCGAAAUUGCAUAAAAUCUAAGAGAAAGUGCUAUAGAGGAAUAAGGUUGAAUUUCACUCAUUAUAAUAUUUACGAUCCUGGUAAAAACCAGACUUCAAACAUCAACUACAGAAUCCUAGAUCAAUCAAUAACGAUUGCAUCUUUAUAUAAAAAUGGCAAGAAACCUUACGAGCCAUAUGUGAAUUUGCAUGAUACUGGAGACUUGGAAGAGUCUGACUUUCAAUAUCAGCAGGAUACUAUAGCAUCAUUUUCGAGCUCAUAUAGCACCAGAGAAGAUGCUAUACGAUUCGACGACCGAAUAUUUAUCGAAGAUAAUAGCAUAAUGGAUAACUUGAUUAACGAGAAAAAGUAUUUGAGUCAGUACUUCUUGCCUUCUUCAAGUAAAUUAUCGACAGGGAAUAAGGAUACCGUCAACAUAGAACGGCAUAUCGUAGAACAAUCUAGCUCUUUGGAAGGCGAGCCAAAUCUCUUGGAUACCAAACAGUUUAUUGAGUUGAUCGAGGUUGAAAAAUACUAUUGGAUUUUAGAUUUGUUCAACGAACUUAAUAUUUGGAGAUCAAUUGUACCAAAUUUUUGUUUGAAAGAACUAGAGAAUUGCAACAAAUCAUUUCUUUUGGAGUGCUUACUAGGUUGCUCCGCUAAAUCUACCAUAGAUGUUGUUCGUCUUGCAGCUGAACAACAAAAAAUCUGGGAUGAAGUUAGAUCGAACGAAGCUCACUUGCGGGACCCUAAAAAUAUUGAAAUUUUGCUAGUUAGUAUUGUCCUUUUACUUUUGAACUUCGAAAUAAAAUUUUCAAAGUCUUUGAUUACGUUGGGAUCAUUCAGGAAGAACUUAAUUACUGAUCAGAUUAAGAUGUUUGAUUACCUAUCUGAAAAAAUUCGGGAUUCUGUGAUGAGAAUCUCCAGAAGUGUAAUAAUUAUUAGUUCGAUUCAUUCGAUCACUAUAUUGAAGUUUUUCAUUCUUAAACAGCUCGAAAGUUUAAAUUUUGAUAAGAUUGAAAAAACUCGUCCUGAUCACUUGGUGAGUCUGGCUUUUUCCCCAAUUCCAAAUGCAUCAGAAGAUUCAGCUUCAUUCUCUCCAAAGGGUACCGCAGUUGAGCACCUCCAUGAAGACAUCCCAAACUUAGACCUGUUGUUAAAAUUGAACGACUUUGAAGUUUCAAAUCUAAUAAACUUUUAUCCGUCUAUGAACUUUACUCAAGUUGAAUAUGGACAGGGUUUUGGUACUGAUGUUAAGAGCGAUUCUUUGAAAUUGAGGGAAGUGAUUUGGCAUUUAAUUAUAGAGAACAAUAAAAAACAGGAAUCUGUCAAACAUCUUCGAAAUAUCACAUACAUGGAGUCUUCAUUACUUGAUGAGAAGGCAAUAGAAGAUAAGUGGGUUGUAUUUCCAAAUGAGAGAAGUAUUGCAAUAGAAAUUUUAAGUACUUUUACCAAGGAGUUAAGCAAUUAUAAAGAUUUAGACUAUGUUCACCGGCUAAAUGAUAGAAUACGGCGAAUUUUCACAAUAAUAAAAAGCUCAAGGGUUGAAGAUGAAAUAAAGCUUUCGUGGAUAUCUACUUUUGGCUGGACACUAGGCAGAUUAAAAAAAGAAAAUAAUAUCGAAUAA